ACACAAACUGCAUUCAUGCAAACAUCUCAGCAAAUCUUCAAAUUUAAUUUUUGAAAUAUCUCCAAAAUGUUAGUGCUACUAGCCGUCCUCGUCACCAUGGCCACACUUCUCCUGCACAUGGUCAAAAGUCGCAAGUUCUCGUACUGGUCGUCUCGUGGGUUUCCCACGUUGCAACAUAAAGUCUCCCUUCGCGACGUCUUGGCCGGAAAAAAAUACCUGGUCGACGCAGAUCCCGAGUAUUAUGACGAAAUUGGUGACGAGAAAUUCGGGGGAUUUUCGGAACUUGGUCUAUUUGGGGGUCAGACCAUCUUCAUAAAAGAUUUGGACCUCGUGAAGAAUAUCUUGGUCAAAGAUUUCGAUCACUUUUCGGACCGGACGGGGUUUGGAGAACUGGACCGACGAAUGGGACACAGUCUCACCGAGAUGGGGGGACAAGAGUGGAAAGACAUGAGGACAUUUUUAUCACCGACCUUCACAUCGGGGAAAAUUAAGAGGAUGUUUUGCCAUUUUGAGAGGACUGCCACAAAAUUCAACGAGCAUGUCAAGACACACUCGAACUCCAAAUCGGACACCAGCUUCGACCUGCCACUCCUCACCUCGAUGUACAAAUACACGCUGGGAAACAUUGCCACCUCCGUUUUUGGCCUGGAUGUGGACACUUUCGACAAAAACAACGUAUUCUUCACCACCACGACCGAAAUGUUUGAGUCCAUAAUCCAAAACAGAAAAAUGCAGUUCGCCCUUGCCCAGAAUUUUCCCAGGUUUUCAAAAUUCUUCAAAAUCCAAGCUAUCGAGCAAAAAUAUUCCGACUUUUUCUGGGGUUUGUUGAAUACGGCGUUAAAAGCGAGGCAAGAAGGGAGCGUGAAGGGGAACGAUUUUUUCCAAUUAUUGGUCGACGCGCAGAACGAGGACAAUUCGAACGUGGAUAUCGCUGAGGGGUCGAAGGGGAACAAAAAAAAUAUUAAAUGGACAGACGAACUGGCCUGCGCGCAAGCCUUCCUCUUCCUCGGGGCUGGAUUUUCCACGGUGGCGAAUAACCUGGCGGCGGCGCUGUAUCUUUUGGCGUCGGAGAGCGAAAUGCAAGACAAGAUGUACGAAGAGGUUAACCGCAUCAUGGGGACGGAUGAGAAGGGCGGAGAUAAAAUUUCGUAUGACGAUUUAACCAAGCUGGAAUAUAUGGAAAUGUUUAUGUCAGAGAUUCUCCGUCUCUACCCAGUACAGACGAGAUUGGAUCGGAUUGCUGUGAGGGAUUAUGAGGUGUUGGACUCCAAGAACAAGAAACUCGUAAUUCCGAAGGGCGCAAAUGUUGUCAUUUCUGCUGAAGCGAUUCACAAGGAUGGGCGAUAUUUUGCCAAUCCGCUAAAAUUUGAUCCGGAGAGAUUCAGUCAGGAAAAUAAGGGGAAAAUUCACCCGUACUCGUACAUGCCGUUUAGCAUUGGACCGAGGAACUGCAUUGGGAUGAGAUUUGCUUUGGCGGAGACGAAAGUCUUGUUGGCGCAUGUGGUGCGAAAUUUCGUGAUCAGUCCGACCGAGUCGACCCCAUUACCAGUUAAAAUUGGUAGAAAUCCCGUCGGAUAUCAGAUUGAUAACAGUGUACACCUCCGAUUCACACCAAGGGCGUGAGACACGACGGAAACUCAAAAAUGUGCAUAAAAACGCAUUUGAUUAUUUAUCCACCUUUAAUUUUUAGUGUAGGUAGUCAUUUUUACAUACUCGUUACAUAUUAAUAAUAUUGCACACAUGUAGGUUUUAAUUGAACUUUAAGUUACGCAAAUAUGUAUUGAAAUACAAUUGAAUAAAAUUGUAAAAAAUAAUAUAUUGAAGAUAUUUCCUAAUAAAAACUUAGGAAAUGUAUGUAUAAGUCUGCCUAAGUACUCCGUGUCAUGAAACUUGAGAAAUGCCAAUAUUAGAGCCUGUAAAUAUCUCCCAACGUUACAUAAUAAACGUUACAAAAUAAUAAUUCUAUUUAAAA